AUGGCUACAAAAAACGAAUUCGAUUACCUUGGUCAUGGACGAAACUUUCGCAGUGGCCAGUACGACGGAAAUAAUGGUGAAGUAGAUAUAAUCCAGAUAGAAUCGUCUGAUGAAAGCGUUGAAAGUGAAGAUGCUAGGGAUGGCAAAUUCUGGCAACUAAUGCGUGCCUAUGCACAGCGAAAAGUCAGAGUGCAUUCAUAUUCAUUCCGUCAUCAGCAGUUCUGCGCCAUUGGUAACGUUGUACUUCGUAGCAAGGCUAAAACGAAUUUGAGGAAGUGUGUGGAUGGCAAUGAUGUAUGUUACUAUGAUGUCGGUAGUGUGAUUCAACUUUGUACUGUUAUCAAAGCUUCAACUUAUGGGAUGUAUUUGAAAAGGCUCUCCAGACAAAAAUUCAGGUGUCUUCUUGCUGUGGCCGAGCCAAUUUUUCAGCAGUUGAGGUCGUAUUUGCUGGGUGAAACAGAAACACGACCUUCUGAAAUUGAUCCAACUGGACCUGUGCCACUGUUGAAAGAGGCUUCGUUGAUUAAUGAUAAACACUUGCAAGAAAAAGCCUCGGUAUCUUCCGUCACUGCCGCAAGAGUUGUGAAUGAACAGAUGACAAUCGAUGGUAUUGAGGGUGAAUUUUUUGAAAAUCCGUGUUAUAUGGAAUUUCUGAUGAACUGGCUUAUGCAUACAAAUCUGGAAUGUGUCAAGAACACCUGUGUUAUCAAACUAACGGCAGAGCAACGCAUUGAGUUGGAUACCACAGAUGAAAGUUGUCAUCAUGUUUUUAUGACGAUUAAUCACUUGCCAGCUUCGCACUUUUUCGGUUCUGGCUUUGGUUUUGAUCAAAAAAAAGCCUUCUGGGCAGCCAGCCGAAGUAUCGUAAGACGACUAUAUCAUGCGGGUUUUAUAACACCAGCUUUGUAUCAUACGAUUGGGAAAUCUGGUAGAUCUGAAUUCUCUGGAAAGAUAAAACGUUGGCGACGCAUAAAAGAAUGGAAAACUGUGAAAAAUGCUGUUGAAUGGUUCAGGAAAACGAUGACAGCAAGUAAUUCUGCUUUUCGAAAUGUCAUUUUGAUCUCGAAAUAA